AUGUCGGCCUCGUCAGAGAGGAGAAAUGUGAUCCUCGCCAAACUCAACGACGCCCAGAGCCGCGCUGUCCGGUCCAAGGCCCCAACUGUCGCCAUCCUGGCCGGCCCGGGCAGCGGCAAGACGCACACCUUGACCUCGCGCGUCGUCUGGCUGGUCGACUGCGAGGGCUUCCGCCCCGAAGAUGUCGUCGUUGCCACCUUCACCGUCAAGGCCGCCCGCGAAAUGCAGGAGCGCAUCGGCAAGGCCCUCGGCUCCGGCCGCGAGAAGAAGCUCGUCCUGGGCACCUUCCACAGCAUCGCCCGCCGCUAUCUCGCUGCAUACGGCCGCCACAUCGGCCUUGCCCAGAAGUUUGGCAUUGCCGACGACUCCGACUCGCGCGCCAUUAUCCUCCGCAUCUGCAAGAGGCUGCAGCUGGCCAUUGACCCACCUGCUGCCCGCGCCUGGAUCAGCAAGAGGAAGGCCAAGGGCUCAGGUGCCGACUCCGACUUCAGCUCCGUGGGCGCGCAAAAAUUGCUGACCAAGACACCGGCCAAGACUGCCGGUCAGCGGGAGCUCGAGACUUGCUACACCGAGUACCAGAGCCAGCUCGAGCGCUCCAAUCUCCUUGACUAUGAUGACCUCCUAGUCCGCUGUGUUGAGCUGCUCCGAAAGUUCCCCUCUUGCGUGUCUAACGUAAAGACGGUUCUCAUCGACGAGUACCAGGACACCAACGGGGUGCAGUACGAGCUCAUGAAGCUGCUCGCCCAGAAACACGGCCGAAUCACUGUUGUGGGUGACCCAGACCAGAGCAUCUACGGGUGGCGGUCUGCCGAGAUUAGGAAUCUGUGGCGCCUGCUCGAGGACUACCCUGGCGCCGCCGAGAUAUCGCUCGAGGAGAACUACCGCUCGUCCCAGUCCAUCGUCACCCUGUCGCUUCUCGUGAUACAGCAGGACGAGAAGCGAUACAAAAAGGCAUUGAAGCCCGUGCACAACAAGGGGUCGCGCCCGGUCCUGCGGAGGCUCAAAAACGCCUCUACCGAGGCCGAAUGGAUUGUCUCGGAGAUACGGAGGGCCAUUCUCAUGUCGGGCGGGAUGCUAACUCAUAACGACGUGGCUGUGCUGCUGCGCUCUGCGGCCUUGUCUCGACACGUCGAGAGUGCCCUGGGAAAAGCCGGCGUUGCCUACCGCAUGGUAGGCGGCUUCAAGUUUUACGAUCGUGCAGAGAUCAAAACGGUCCUGGACUAUCUCCGCGUCAUACACCAACCCGAGAAUAAUGACGCGCUCGCCAGGAUCAUGAACGUCCCCCGGCGGGGCAUCGGGGAGGGAACCGUCAAGUCCCUAAUCGAUGAAGCUGAGAAGUCCUCAUUGAGCCUCUGGUCCUUGCUGGUUAAGCAUUGCCGCGGAGAUCGCGCAGCCAAAACAAAAAUCUCAAAACAUGCCGAGCAGAAAAUCAGUGGCGGUCUGCUCCGCCUUCUUGAUAGUGUGAGGAAGCGGAUUGAGCAGGCCGCCAACGACUCCAGUCAAUUUGGGCUUGUCGAGAUAAUCCAGCAGCUACUGGAGGCUCUUAGCUUCCAAAAGGUGUUGCAGGAGACUCACCCCGACGACCAUGAGCAGAGAUGGGCGAAUGUGCAAGAAUUCAUCAGCCUCGCUAACGACUUUGUUCGAGAUCUUGGUCAGAACGUGGAUGACUAUCUCCCAGAGAUUGAUGGCGUCCAGCAGACCAAGGAUGUCGAUGCUCUGCCCAGGUUUCUAGCGAAUGUUUCCCUCGCGUCUGAUGCCCAGACCAAGGGCGACGACCAGGAUAACAAGCCUCUUGUGACUCUCUCGACCAUCCACGCAGCCAAGGGUCUUGAAUGGCCUAUCGUCUUCGUCCCGGCGGUUUAUAACGGCUCGAUCCCCCACAUGCGGUCCGAAGACAACGACGAGGAGCGACGGCUGCUUUAUGUGGCCAUGACAAGAGCCCAAGCCCUGCUCCACCUCAGCUGCCCGCUUUAUAGCUCAAAUAGCAACGGCGAGCGGAAUGAGUUGUCGCCCUUUGUCAAACCUGUGGCCGCUGCUUUCGCCAAGAAAGGGCCCUGUUUCGACCGGCCAGUGAUGAGUGAGAUUGCUCGCAUUCUCGAGCGACAGCUGCCUGCCGAGCAGUCCAUUUAUAAGGGUAUGCCGGCCAUGUUCAGCACCGAAGACAGCUUGUUCCCUCUCGACCCUGAGGAGACCCGGGAAAUCCCGGCUGGCGGAGCUGCGCGCGGUGGAAGUAAUGUUUCCGCCGAUGCAUCGCGCCCGAAACGACCUAGACUUUAUGGCCCACCGCCUGCCCAAGAUACCAGCGAAGAACCUGCCUGGCAUAAGGAGUACGCGACCACUAUGGAGCAGUCGUCUGGUUUUACCGUGUCAUCGCUCCCUGGCUUCGUCAGUGCAGGGACCCAUCAAGUCGCUCUUGCUGCUGCCAACGCGGCAGCUGAAGCUAGCAGAAAGGCCGGGAAACAUGUAAGACCAUCAACCAACAAGCGACCGGCGGAUCAGAAGAGUAUUGUCGGUUUUAUAAGAACAAACUCUUCCUCCGCUGGUCCAGCGGCUCUACGCGUCCAGGAAACGACCGCGAUUACAGCCACAGGUCGAUUAGCAAGGCCAAACUAUAACCCAACAACGCACAACUCGGGUGGGGCUCAGCGUGCCAGUGACAACUUAACGAGGCUGGCAAUAGAGCCAGAACUUGUCGGACGCAAGCUGGGAGCCGGAAAGCUUCUAACACGCCCAGUGCGACCUGACGAUGGAGUUGGCCAGAACGAGGUUGGCAGGCGGAAGGAGUACCAUUGCUUCUCCAGCUCGCCGACAAAACCUGUUCCCGUAGAGAAGGGCUCUGAGGCCGUUGGAGAGACGAACGAGAACGAGCCCCCUCCUGAGCCAACUCGAGCGGCGGCCUGCCUGCAUGCUACGACGUACAACAUGCCCAAAGGACUUGGCGGCGGGCUUAGAAGGACCGUCGGAUUGAGUCGAGACAGCAUUGCGCCCAUGGCCAAGCUCAGGAAACCGUUCAAGCCUUUGACGAUUAGCCGACCGUGA